AUGCCUGUGCUGUCCACUCUUCUUCUCAAUCCGUCGUUCAUGAUUGACGUGUGUGCUCGCUCGUGCAACACAUGCCACCUGAGGAACCUGACGACGCGGUGCGGGCACCUGCUGGACAUGCCCGAGUCCGUGGAGCCGGGAGCCAUUAAUCGGACUGUUCAGCGCAUGCUCAACAUCAGGGGCUUGAGCGUGGAGAUUCUGAGCGAGGACCCUUGGAUCCUGAAGUUUCCCAAGUUCCUGACCGAGGAGGAAAUCGCGUUUCUCACGGACGCGAAAACGCGGGGACCGUGGAAUACUGGCCAGACUGAAGAGUAUGGUCGGCGCAAGGAGGUCUACACAGGGUUCAGGAAAACGGACGUUGCAUGGUGCAACUGUCCUUGCCAGGAUCACCCUGUCGGCCGGAUGCUCGUGUCCCGCGUCAGCGAAGUACUGCAAGUCCAUCCUCAUUACUUGGAGAAGAUGCAGUUCCUGCGGUACACGCCAGGCAUGUUCUUCAAGCCGCACCACGACGCAUACCUUGUAGGCUCGCCCAACGAUCCCCGGAACACCCGGAAACAUCGAGUCUACACGUUCUUUAUGUACCUCACCGACGUGGCACGCGGAGGGGCGACCCACUUCCCCUCGCUGGGCCUGAAGGUCCAGCCGGAGCGCGGCGCCGCGAUCCUGUGGCCGUCCGUGUACGACCACGACCCGUGGAAGGCGGACCCGCGGACGGAGCACGAGGGCUUGGCCGUGGAGGAGGGCGAGAAGCUGUCGCUGAAUAUGUGGUGGCGCCUGGGCCCCAACGCUCUGGCCCAGGACGUCGGCUGCCCCGACUGGAGGUGA